AUGAAUACAUUUUCAAAAUUAAAUGAUCUUGAGAUCGAAAGUAUUUUAAUUGAGAUUCCUGGCGACGAUGGUGGUCUAACUGAUCUAGAAGACGAUAGCGACGAUGAGUAUUUGGUUGAAAGAAACAAUUAUUUAGACUUAUUAGAUUCAACCACAACCAUUCAAACUUCUGUACUAAAUAUAAUGGAUCUUCCUAUAGAAUUUUCCGAAGAAUCUGAAUGCAUUGCAGGGCCAUCUAAUGCUAUGCCAAUGCAUACUCCUAUUUUUGAAGAUGAUCAUGUUGAUGACACUUCUGAAGAGACUGACACUCAUAAAUAUAGGAAGAAAAAAAAAAUAACUAAUAAAAAGAACAAAAGUUUUGAAAGUGACAUGGGGUGGAAAAAAAAAUUGGAUCACUAUGUCGACGUUCCAGAUUAUAAUGAUUUUGAAGGACCUAUACAUGGAUUGUUUAUCAACUGCUUAAGUCCAACUGAUGUAUUUCUUCAAGUAUGUGGCCCUAUCUUAGAGAAUAUCUGUGCUCAAUCCAAUUUGUAUGCCACUCAACGAGGGAAAACAUUAAACCUUAGAAUUGAAGAAUUGAAAGAUUUUAUUGGUAUUAAUUUUGUUAUGGGAUAUAAUAGUUUGCCAUCUUGGAAAGAUUAUUGGUCAACAAGUAAUGAUUUAGGUGUAAAAAUAAUUUCUGAUGCUAUGAGUCGAAAGCGAUUUGAUGAUAUUUUGUGUUUUCUACAUAUUAAUGAUAAUGAUGCUAAGACUACUGAUAAUAAAGAUAAGCUUUAUAAACUAAGACCACUCCUUGAUUCUAUCAAUAGUAGAUUCCCUGAAUUAUAUAAAGUAACUAGAGAAGUGAGUGUGGAUGAAUCUAUGGUUUUAUUCAAAGGGCGUAGCUCAAUAAAGCAAUAUAAUCCAAUGAAACCGAUAAAAAUGGGUUAUAAGAUAUGGUGUUUGGGAGAUCAAAAUGGAUAUAUUAGUAAGUUCUCGGUUUAUCAAGGGAAAGAGGAAGUAAUUGAUGACUUUGUUGAUUUUGGUUUGGGUGAGAGAGUAGUUUUAAACUUAACAAAACCUUAUUGGAAUAAAGGCAUGAAGGUAUUUUUUGAUAAUUAUUUUACAUCUAUAAGUCUUUUAGAAAAAUUAAAGUUAGAAAACACCUUUGCAUGUGGUACAAUACGAUCUAAUAGAAAGGGCAUUCCUCCUCUUGCUCAGGAUAAAACUUUAGAUAGAGGCAUGUAUGAUUUUAAGACAUCCCGUUUAGGUAUUACUGUUUAUAAGUGGAAAGAUAACAGAAUUGUACACUUGGCAUCUAAUUUCCAUGGUGUUGAAGAAAAUAGUGUAUUGCGAACUGAACAUGAUGGAACAAAAAAAAACAUAAAAUGUCCUACUAUAGUUAAUGAUUAUAAUAAGUACAUGGGUGGGGUAGACAAAGCAGAUCAAUUAAGAGCUCUUUAUAAUGUUAAUAGGAAAUCAAAAAAAUGGUGGCAUAGAUUGUUCUGGGGUGUUAUUGAUAUAAUAUUUAGCAGUAGCCCAGGGACUAAUUACACAGUGUAA